UCUGUACCGUAACAGAGGACGGAUUAUAUCCAAAUUGCAUUUGGAACAUCUCACACGUCGUCGUAGGGAGACUCCAAAAUGUUUAUGAUGAUUUUUAUUCUCCUUUUGGUUAUAUUUUUCUCAUAUCUGCCUUCAUAUUCGUCAAAAAUAUCAAGAAGUAUUGGUGGAUAUUUUAUACACCUGACAGAUGAGGAGUUGAACCUGAGACAGCAGGUGAGAGAUCUGAAGGCAGAGCAAGGUGCGGUCAGUAUGACAGAUGAGUUUGCCAAGUAUAUGAAACUACAGAGGAAGAUAGACAGACUAGUGGACCAAGUGAAAAAGAUGGGGUCUUCAAGAUCUCAGAAGAUUACAAUGUUCUCAAUGGGUGUGAAGAUGGUAAUCAAUGUAUUACAUGGCAUUGUAAUGAUUUCUGUGAUCAUUUUCUACAAGAAUGAUCCACUGUACAUGCUGCCAGAACAAUGGUUUUACCCUGUUAACAGAUUGAUAGCAUUUCCUACAGGAGUACCAGGUGGUAUAGGUGUCACAUGUUGGAUACUUGUGUGCAGUUCAGUUGUGUACAGGCUGAAGAAUUUCAUCAACGUUCAGCCAUCGGCACAAGAACUCAAAGUGGAUUCAUGAUACCUUGUGUUCGUAGCAAAACAAGUUCAGUUAUAAUGUAUCACCCAGAAUAGUGGAAACCAGUAAUCAGAAUGUUAGGAUACUGCUGCUAGGAGAUGAAAUGAUAGUGUUUUAACCUUUACUAUGCUAACUUUUUAAAAUGUACUGGUCCAUCAUUCAGUUUGGGCAGAACCGUUUAUUAAUUGAAGGGGUGGUCACUGAAAAUUAAGUGACUGAAUAGCGAACAGUGCAGAUCAUGACCAGCCUGCACGGAUGUGCAGACUGAUCUUGUUCUGCACUGGUUGCAAAGGUAGAAUCACUUGCCACCAGCAGGUUAAAGGUAAAGAAGUACCAGUAUUUUAUGUACUGUGCCACUAGAAGUUUUGUAUUUAUAAGAUUUACCGAUUCACUUUAGCACGAUUUUAGCCUGUGAUUAAUUUUUGGAUUCUGGACUGGUCAGGGUAUUAGAAUGAUCUUAACAUGACAUUAAGAAGCGUAGGUUAGAAAUGUUUUCACAAGGGCAUUCAUUUUACGGAGUUUUGUACUGUAAUAUUUUUAAUCUAAACAAAUAGUUUUUCUUUCAUCAAGAUUAUUGUGUUCUCCGGCUGCUAUUGUCAUUUAGCUUUUAUUUAACUGUUACUCAGUGUAAAUAAGUAUUUUUAUUCAGGACCAAGUACUCAUCCUGUCAUACAUAUUUGUUGCAGUUCCAUGGCUCAUCCAGUUGUUAUAUUACCUGCACUUUGGAGAAAAAACUGAUUUUAUGUAAAGGAUUAAGCAAUUGUCUUAGGUUUUUAUCAGUAUAGGUCUCUUAUAUAAUGACCAUCUUUGAAGUAUGUUACAUGGUGAGGAAUCUUGGAACUGAAGUUUAAAAUUUGUGGUAAAAACCCCUACUGUAAAUGUGAAUGAUAGUGGGUAAGGUUUUUUGCUAUAUGCUCAGUUGAACCCUUACCAUGCUAAAUUUCUGUAAUGAACUUGUCCAUCUUACAAUUCGGACAGUACCAUUAACUGUUAAAAAGAGGUGCUUACCAAAAAGAUAUUGGCUGAAUAGCGAACAGUGCAGAUCAUGAUCGGACUGCAUGGAUGUGCAGGCUGAUCAUGAUCUACACUGGUUGCAAAGGCAGAAUUAAUCGUGUCCAGCAUGGUAAGGGUUAGAGCUGAUCAGUAGCUGUAUUCUGAUUUAUUUAUAUUUAUUUUUAUGUCUCUCAGACAUAUUGAUUUACUCCUCUGUGUGUGUGUGUCUGUCACAAAUUUUGUCCGCACUCUUAAGUCGAACAUUUCUCAUCCGAUCUUCACCAAACUUGAACCAAAUAUUUUUCAUCAUAACUCCUCGGCCAAGUUUAUUAACUAGCCAAAUCCCCCAAGGCACUUCAGAAUUAUGGCCCUUGAAUUACCCAAAAUCAGCCUUUUUACUCUUCAAAGGUAUAUUUGUAGUGAGUAAACAGUAUAUAAAGACUGAAUUACUAUUUAGAUGAAUAGGCAGUUGUGGGAGACAUGCGCUUCUCAAAAGCAGCUCUAGUUGCUUGUGUUUUUGAUCUCUACUGAGAUGUUUUAUAGGAAAUUCAAUAUUUAUUGUAAAAUGAUAUAGUUUUUUGGACUCAUUUUUAGCUUGACUAUCUGAAGAAUAGGGGAGCUAUCCUACUCGCCCCGGCAUUGGCGUGAGCGUCACACAAAUGUUAAAGUUUGCGUACCACCCUAUAUAUUUUCAAAGUCCAUUGAGGUAUUGCUUUCAUAUUUUGCAUACUUGUUUACCAUCAUGACCCCAGUCUGUAAAAAGGAGGAGGCAACUCUGUCAAGCAUUUUGACUGAAUUGUGGCCCCUUUUCGACUUAGAAUAUGCUUAUUGUAAUGUUAAAGUUUUACUCAUAGCUUAUAUUAUACUAUCAAGCACUGUCAACUGACAGCUCUUGUUAAAUUAAAAAACAAUUCUCUUCCAAAAAUGGCAGCUUCUGUUUAUGGCACUUUUGUAAUUUCUAUUUCUAAGAAGACAAGAGAAUGAAACCAGUGACAUGAGCAGUUUUAUGUUAUACAUUUUUAUUUAUUUUUGGCUCUAACUGCCUUCGUUUUUACUUGAACACAUUAACAGAUAAACAUAUGUAUAAAUUGAACACAUAUAACAGAGAAUCAGCUUGAUGUACAUGUACAUAUUUUGCCAGAACAUUAUUUAUUUUAGCUUGCCUGAUUUUUAGCUCACCUGAGCAAUGCUCAGGUGAGUUUUUCUGAUCGCUCAAUGUCCGGUGUCUGUCGUCUGUCAACAUUUAGCUUGUGUAUGCGAUAGAGGCUGUAUUUUUCAAUUAAUCUUCAUGAAUAUUGGUCAGAAUGAUAACCUUGAUGAAAUCUAGGCCGAGUUCGAAAAUGGGUCAUCUCAGGUCAAAAACUAGGUCACUAGUUCAAAUCAAAGAAAAACCUUGUGUAUGCGAUAGAGGCUGUAUUUUUCAAUUAAUCUUCAUGAAUGUUGGUCAGAAUGAUAACCUUGAUGAAAUCUAGGCCGAGUUUGAAAAUGGGUCAUCUCGGAUCAAAAACUAGGUCACUAGGUCAAAUCAAAGAAAAACCUUGUGUAUGCGAUAGAGGCUGUAUUUUUCAAUUUAUCUUCAUGAAUAUUGGUCAGAAUGAUUGCCUUGAUGAAAUCUAGGCCGAGUUCGAAAAUCGGUCAUCUCGGGUCAAAAACUAGGUCACUAGAUCAAAUCAAAGAAAAACCUUGUGUAUGCGAUAGAGGCUGUAGUUUUCAAUUAUUCUUCAUGAAUAUUGGUCAGAAUGAUAACCUUGAUAAAAUCUAGGCCGAGUUCGAAAAUGGGUCAUCUCGGGCCAAAAACUAGGUCACUAGGUCAAAUUGAAGAAAAACCUUGUGUAUGCGAUAGAGGCGGUAUUUUUCAAUUGAUCUUCAUAAAUUUGGUCAGAAUGAUUACCUUGAUGAAGUCUAGGCCGAGUUCGAAAAUGGGUCAUCUGGGGUCAAAAACUAGGUCACUAGGUCAAAUAAAGGAAAAACCUUGUGUAUGCGAUAGAGGCUGUAUUUUUCAAUUGAUCUUCAUGAAUUUUGGUCAGAAUGAUUACCUUGAUGAAAUUUAGACCAAGUUCGAAAAUGGGUCAUCUGGGGUCAAAAAGUAGGUCACUAGGUCAAAUCAAAGAAAAACCUUGUGUAUGCAAUAGAGGCUGUAUUUUUCAACUGAUCUUCAUGAAAUUUAGCCAGAAUGAUUACCUUGAUAAAAUCUAGGCCGAGUUCGAAAAUGGGUCAUCUGGGAUCAAAAACUAGGUCACUAGGUCAAAUUGAAGAAAAACAUUGUGUAUGCAAUAGAGGAUGUAUUUUUCAAUUGAUCUUCAUGAAAUUUGGUCAGAGUGAUUGUCUUGAUGAAAUCUAGGUCGAGUUAAAAUAUGGGUUAUCUGAGGUCAAAAACUAGGUCACUAGGUCAAAUUAAAGAAAAAUCUUGUGUAUGCGAUAGAGACUGUUAUUUUUCAGUUGAUUUUUAUGAAAUUUGGUCAGGAUGAUUGCCUUAAUGAAAUCUAGGUCGAAUUUGAAUAUGGGUCAUCUGAGGUCAAAAACUAGGUCACUAGGUCAAAUCAAAGAAAAAACUUGUGUAUGUGAUAGAGGCUGUAUUUUUCAAAUGAUCUUCAUGAAUUUUGGUCAGAAUUAUUGCCUUGAUAAAAUCUAGGUCGAGUUUGAACAUGGGUCAUCUAGGGUCAAAAACUAGGUCAUAUCUAAGAAAAUGCUUGUUUUAUCGCAAGAGACCAAUUUUUUGGUCCGAUCUUAAUGAAAAUUGGUCAGAAUAUUUGUUUCCAUGAAAUCACUAGGUCAGACAUGUUUUACACUGUUAUGGUGUGUUUCUUAGGUGAGCGACCUAGGGCCAUCUUGGCCCUCUUGUUUAAAAAAUUCUAUGAGCUGUUUUACCGUUUUGAUUUUUUAAGAUAUCUUUAAUUAUGUUGGUUUUGUGGCAUUAAAUAUAAUUUUCCCUGUGAAAAAAAUGUUUUUCAAAAUACUACAUAAUGUUUGCAUGGAAGUUGCUUUUAUGCUAAUAAGAACAAGUUUUAUAACAGUCAUUCAAAAAAUAAGUCAAAAUUGAAAUUUUAAAACUUUUUGGUGUGCAGAAUGGCUGAAAUUUAUGAUGGAAAUAGCUUAUUAAAUUGUUUCUGAUGAUAAAUUUGAAACAGAAAAAUAAUAAAAAAGUUCUUUGGAGUGCUUUAGAAUGAUGUAAUAGAUGGAUGACAUUGUCUUAUAUUUAUAGAGGAAUUAAAGAAAACAUUUUGAUGGAAAAGGAAGAUAAAACAGUAGUUCAGAAUUUCUUUGCCUUAUUGCCAUGUCAGCUUGUGUCACAAAGUGCAAUAAACUAUUAUGAUGUUC